GCCGGUGGUAUCGCAGGACAUCUCCACCCUGUCUAACCCCCAGCUGGACCUGCUGCACUGCAGCAAGGCAGGAUAUGAGAGCGAGGACUCUGGACGGGAGCCCUCCAUAUGCAGUGAUGCCCGUACAGAUUCCUCUGACAGCUCCAGCCACCGAGACUCUCGAAAUCGCCCUCUCCGCCAGUCAACAGGCAGCCACCUGUCCAACAAAACGCAGACCAUCGUUGUCGGUAACCAUGACAACGGUGCAGUUGCAGCAGCAGAGACCCCCCUCUGCCCCCCCUCCCCUCCCCUGCAGCAGGGUGACUAUAAAGAGACAGCUGUGUUCCUCCUUUCCUCUCGUCGCCCCACGUCAUCUUGCUCUUCCUCCCAUCCUCUCUCCUCAUGUUCCUUCCAUCCCCCCUCCUCUACCUGUUCCCCCUAUCCCGUCUCCUCCUCCUGCUCUUCCUCCCGUCCCAUGUCCUCUUCCUCCUCCUCGGGGAUAGGGGGGUCUGUAAUGGGAUCUGAGGCAGGGGCCGUGGGGCCACACUGGGAGGAUGAGAGCACCAGCAGUGAGUCCAAGUCUAGUUACCGGCCGGCCUGGAGGCCACGGAGGGAAGCCCUGAACAUCGACUGCAUCUUCACCUGUCAGAGAGGCUCUCCGCUGGGCUACAGCACCCUGCCUGGGCCCCCUCUACCUUCUGAGUUUCAACAACACUGUCCAACUAACACGGCUGAUCUGCAGGGGGCAAGAGAGAGGGCCGGGGGUGUAGGUGGUGUGGGGGGAGAUACGGAGGGGGUGGCAGGGAUGCCUGGGUUGCUAGGCAACGACGCGGACUGCCCCCCUCCUCCCCCGUUGAGAGGGGCGGAGUCUCAGCCCCGUCUGAUCCAGAGGAUGGAGAGUGGUUAUGAGAGCAGCCCUGACAGGGAGGUAGGUCAGAAGCGUGUGUUGAUGUCUGGUCCAUCGUGGCGCACGGUGCCCAAGUCUAAGAGCACUAGUGCCAUCCUGCAGGAGCUGCCAGCACCUCUCUGGGGCUGCAACAACAGCCUGGGCGCUGGCCAUAGCGAGCUGGAUGAGCUUCAGGAGGAGGUGGUGAGGAGAGCGAGGCAGCAGGAGCAGCAGAGGAGGAAGGAGUCGGAGAGAGAAGCUGCCGUGGGAUUCAACCCCAGACCCUCCAAAUACAUGGACUUAGACCAGCUACAACAACAAGCUGUGCUCAGCCCCCUGCAUGAGGCUAAUUCUCGUAGUGGAUUGACUGUAGCUGCGUGCAUGGGGAGCACUGCGGAGCCAAUAACACAGGAACAGGAUAUGGAACAGGAAACAGGAAGCGCCAGUCCACAGGGACAUCGCAGUGAACAGUCUGGCCCGCUCCAAGUACUGCUGAUGCCCAAUCAGGAGGGGGAAGAGGUCCGGCCAGCCUACCAGGAUGCAACCCUGGGCCCUGGUCAGCCCCCUCUCCACUCAUCCCUCCCACCCCCUUCCACCAUCAACCCCCCAGCACAGGUUGAGGAGGGUGAGAAGGGGGAGCAAGUGAGGAGGGGUGAGGGAGGACAGGGAAUGAGCCUGGAGGAGUUACAGGCUGGGGGUGUGAGACCUGUUGGCAGACACCUGGCCAUCUCUCUCCCCUCUCUAUCUCUCAGACUCUGGGAUAUGUCUCACACACACGCUCCCCCCUCACACACACACUCUUACUCUGACCCCCAAUACACACACCCUCCAUCCUCACAUACAAACCCUGAGCACCCACACACACACUCCGACCGUCCACCCACCCCCUGCUCCUCCCGCAGUCAGCCCCACCCCUCACCCUCCACUGCCUCUCCACAUUGGUCCGAUCAAGGUUCCGCCGCCAACACCUUCACACGUCAUUGGUCCUCCUGGAGCGUGGACCGCCCAGAUGCCGUGGUUACGCCAUAUGACACACCUCCAGACCGCCGCCUCCCCUUUAGGCCACACCUCCCCUACCGAAACUACAACUCCCAGCCUGCCCCUGGGCUGCAUGACGCCUGUGACCCUGAGGAGGCAGAGUUUUCAGAGCUGGACUUCCUAUACCGGGCCAGCCUCCAGGCAGGAUGUAGAGGUGGUAGCCCGGUCAGGAGGCUGCAGUGUGGGGUAGGAGGGCCAGCCCGUUCCCUCACCCCCAAUGCCAACAUGGAGAGGAGUGUGUACCAGACUGACUGCAGCAGCACAAUGGUCCACAGUCUGAGCGGCACAAUCAUCAACCCGCGUCGUCACCGUCUCGCCGCAACACGCAGCUUUGAGAUGUCCAAUGGUGCGGGGAGUUUCUGGUGUCUGACUGGGGUGAAGCUGUCUUCAGACCACUGAUCUGCCUCCAUAUGCAUCUACACUACAGGCUCCUUCCAGACCAGCCCUCUGGGGUCCUAACCCUCCACACCGCUACAGGCUCCUUCCAGGCCAGCCCUCUGGGGUCCUAACCCUCCACACCGCUACAGGCUCCUUCCAGGCCAGUC